AUGCGACUGAACUACGAGAAACCGUCUUUGUCUAGGCUAGCACAGGAGCUGCGCCGAAGGCUAGUCUGGUCGAUAUCAUCGAUGGAGGGAAAUUUUGCGUUUGGUGUUCCCGAACUUAAUGUAUGUCGACGCGAGGCGAUCCAUCUUGAGCUUGCGCAGUCGGAUGAGUGUUUUCAGCACGGUUUUCUCUACCAUAACCGACUUGAUUUGUUUGGGCUUGCCAUCAAGCUAAGGCAGGCACGUGAGGAUAUUAUGAUAUUUUCCCCCAGUAUCUCACUACGAACUUCUGCUGAACUUAUAGCGGCGACCGCGGACAUGGAGAGAAAUCUAGCUGAGAUAGACGGUCUCCUGCGAGACGAAGAUCGAUACUGGGCGUCCCGACUCUGCCGUGCAGCGAAUCAAACGCAGCUCUUAACAGUUAACAUGGCAUUGAAUCAAAACUACUGCGAUCUGCUCAGGCUCUUUCUCGCAGGCUACCAAGAGGCGGCUUCCGACACGAUGCUCGCCGAACUCGACCCUGAAUUCCUGUCUACUCGGGCAGAACGAGCAGUACAGUACGCCUACUCCAAUAUCGCAAUGGCCGAAGACUUUACUAGGCAGUAUAGUCAUCUACAACUAUAUGAUCUCGAUGUCGCCGUAUGCCUUUAUCACGCCGCCCAGAUCGUUGCAUUUGUAACCGGGCCCCAGGGUACUCCUCAGGCGAUAAUUCAGGUCAAUCAAUGCCUGCAUUUCUUCAAGGUGUUUUAUCCGCUGUCCAAAACCGCACAACCUAUGGUUCGCGAUCUCGAGCGCCUGGCCAGGAAACUAUACUCGAAUCCAACUCGCCCACACCUAAAUGACAGAAUCGAGACUGAUACACACGAUCCGAGCGAACUGGCAGUCGCUGGCAGCACGGUCCCGAAACUCUCGAUCCACAGCUUGCUGCGGCAAGCAGAUUUUCCGGACGCGGACCACCAUGAAACAUCCCCACAAACCGAAAACACUGUCGAAGAUGAAGUGAUCACUGGGGUAGACGAAGAGAACGAUCCUGACUUUUCGUUUGAUCCUUGGAUGGGUUGGCAGGGAAGUUUAGACCCAUUUGGUUAUUUGCAGCUUUCAGAUCUCUACUAG